AUGACGCACAGAAGUCAGCCGUAUACAAACAAUCCUGAUCCCUCUUCAAACACAUCACCAUUGAUGAGCAGCCCGGAUGAAGCGAUGGAAAAACCUUGCUUUCGAGACGUUGAUGCUUGGGACGCUCUUAAAAAGCGUGAUCUUGAGUACGCCAUCAAUCUCCUUGUCUCGGGCGAAUGGACUAUCAACGGUGUCAUAAAAGACGGUUGGGGGUCUUUAGACGCGAGAGUUGGCAGUGAAAGAUGUCACGAGACCGCCCUCCUGGCCUUAAUCAUUCGCCGCAUUAUCAUCGCAUAUCUAAAGGAGAGAAAGCUCCUGGAGAUUUUUGAGAGACUUGUUACGGAGUAUCGCGCCAAGCACGCCCAAGACAGAUGUUGGACUAAAGUUUUUAAGGUCCAAGAUAUUUAUAUCAAUGACUCUGGCCGUUACAAAUACAUCAUUCUAUCAAUAAUCAACUUUAUAGGUUCCGACUGGGCAACGUUUAUUGGCUCUGCGCGGACACUUGCAUCUUUUAGUGUACUCAGCACUAUGGAGUGUGGAUUGAGUGUUUCCUACCGUCGUUUGGGAGAUGUCCUUGUCGCCACAAGCAAGGAACAACGUGCUGCUGGGAUGGGAGAAUACUAUGAUGCCGAAUAUCCACUGCGUACAACAUUCACCCAUGUUUCUUUCAAGCUUAUUGAGAAACUCUCUGUUGAAGUUUUGACAAAAGGGGUCCCGGAGAGCCCCUUUGGUGCAAAGCCUCGGGCCUGGGAGACCCUUCCAGAACAAGCACGAGAGAUGUUCCACUUCUCAAAAGCCGAAAAGAAAAACCCACGCCAUAAUGGCUGCUCUAUUAUCGUAGGGUCAUUCUCCGCCUCCAUGCAGAUCUUGAUUAGACUCUGUUGGCAAUACAAGAUUCCGAUCACGCUCUGCGUGCCCCGCCUACGAUAUGAGAAUGAUCCUGAUAGUGCAACGAGCAUGGCGACAUACAAGCUUACUUCGGCACCUGUUCGGACAUAUAUAUCUACCAACGAGUCCUGCGGAAGCUUUAAAAUGGUGGAUACUCUACAGGAGGACGUGGGAAACGAACCAUGCUGGAAGCUAGGUGGCUACAGCAUGUAUCACGAGUCACAGCCUGGAACGCUUCUCUCUUCAGGUAAUGAUGGCCAAUAUAUUGAGGCGCUGGAACAGUCUGACGUGGGUGAUUUGCUGUCGCUAUUUGGUUUUGUCCAUCGUGAAUAUCCACCGGAGACUGAAAACGGAGACGUUGGCCUUGUGGAGUUACGAAGCUCAAUAUGCGGAGGAACCUUGCAAUCUGCUGAGUCAAGUUUCAAGGGCAUCCUGUCUGGUGGAGAUUUGAACUCAAUCAGUCCGGCAACCAACUUGAGCCUUCUAUCUCUCUCUACCGCUGCCGGCAAGAUCGCUAGUCAGUACAAUCUGAAGGAUACGGUUCUUGCACGCCAACGCGACACCGCGACGAAAUCGUCUUAUCAAAUGCAAUGCAAGCCGAUACCCUUCACUUUUGACCACAUUGACAUUUCUACUCCAAGGCAGGAACAAGCCAAGUGGGCUGGUAUUGUUCAAAAGCACCAAUCGACGACGGAGCCUAUGUAUGCAAAUCUGUUUGUGAUAGGCAAUACGUUUUAUGGGAUGAGUGAUCAGGCAGAAGCCGAUAGACUCAUGAAGCUGAACAACGAGAGUGAGAAGAUCCGAGCCUUACUUCAGCGACAUCCCGAACACGAUGCCUUCUUGACAAUGAAGCAUAAGGCCAAACUAAAGAGGAGUAAGGGGGGAACUAAGAAGAAGAAGGAUUCGUCUGCGGUUGCAAAAACUGAAGUUUCUAAGCAUAUUCUAAAGCGAAUGAUACAAUAA